GCAUGGUCGACAAAAGAUUCAAAUGUCACUGUGGUUGUUAUUACUUAUCAUUAUUUGCAUGUUGGUCGCAUUGGUUGUAACAGGUGUUGUCACAUUCUUCAUCACAAAGGAGAGAUUUUCUGUUACACAGUAUGAGUCAAAGAAUGAAUGCUAUUGGACGACAUGGAGUUCCUGGUCGGGAUGUAGCAUUACCUGUGGUAAAGGCGAACAAGUCAGAGUCAGACAGCAUAUGAAUACAUCGAUGCUUUGUAAAUACAAUGAAACAUUCAACGUCCGAACCUGUACUUCAGAUCCAUGCUUUGGUGAUGAUGAUAUAUCAGACAUGAGAUUUAGUCGAACAUACUUACACAAAAACCUCUUUAUAUCAGCUGAUAAUACAAUUAUCAGUAACGUCCAUAUCAUAGAUACUACACACAGCGCUGAUGCACAGUUACAGAACUAUAAGGGAACGAUUUCAGACAUGUGUGUAGGAAACAAUGAAUUAAUGUACUACGAAGUUAACUAUACAUAUACAAUAGUUAACAAAUUAUCUGCAAAUAAUCUUGUUCUAGAGGUAGGUCUGGCCGAACGUUCAAAGGUUGAUAGGUAUUUCUACGUUGGGACCAGCAACGUGAGCGGAUGGUCUUUUCACCUAGCAAGGGGUUCAGUUGUUGACAACGUGUACUUGUAUUCACAAGAUACUGAUUAUAACCGAGUUUUGGAAUCAAUCAGUAAUAAUAUAGUUGGUACAAAAGUUCAUGGGAAAUUUAUGUUUUUCGUAAACAGACGGCGAAAUGAAUUUUCGCUAAAGCAAGAUGAAUCGAUAUUCCAUAUAUUCAAGAAUGUGACCUCACAUGUGAAACUUUGUCCUGUUUUCGCGGUGUACGGUUCCAGCAGUGUUAAUGUCAAAUUACAAUUAAUGAAUCCUCGAAACUUUACCUAUUAUCCGUGGUAAAACAUUCAAUAAAGAUACUCUAUGGAUAUUAAUAUUCAAUGAUGCGUUGAAUAAUGUCUUUAUGUUCCACAAUGAUUUAUUUCCUGUGUGGUGUGAUUUAACCUUUUUGUGUCGUCUGAUCAUUUUUUUUUCUCUUAGUCAUAAUGCUGACUGACUAUCAUCAUUAUUGGUUUUAACCCACCUCCUGUAUCUUCUUAUUUUUAGAGUAAAAUUGUAUGUGUACUAUUAUAAAUUAUGUUAGUAUUUUAUAAUGAUCUUCAAUGUU